CAAGUUAAGAUGGUUGAACUUGUAAGAGGUUGCGUGAAAGUAAUAUAAAGACUUAGGACCCUCGCAAGAAUGCAAAAAAUCCGGAUUCGACUCCCGGCCGAGAUAAACAGUUUAUUUCCUCAAAAACUUUGCAACAACGUAAACGUACAUACUGACGAUAGGCCCCACAAAUGCGGAGAAUGUGAUAAAGCGUUUAAAAAUAAACGGAAUUUGCGCGAACAUGAGAAAGUCCAUAAAGGUGAAAAACCUUAUAAAUGCGAGCUUUGCGCAAAAGUAUUUAAUUGCAAAUCAUCUCUAAGAAGGCAUAUAGAGGUCAUGCAUUGUAUUGAUACAAAUUAUAAGUGUACCAUAUGUGAGAAAGUUUUCAAAACUCAGAACUAUUUGAGUUAUCAUGUAAACACAAUUCAUUCCCAAAAGCAGUAUAAAUGUGACCAAUGUCAAUUUACAUCUGCUUAUCAUUGCUACUUAAAACGGCACAUAAAAAUACAUAAAGGCGAGAAACCAUAUGCCUGCGAGAUUUGCGGCAAAGCUUUCCUUAGAAAAUAUGACAGAAACAAUCACAGGUUUAUACAUUGAGAUAAAAAGCCGUAUGAGUGUUCGAUGUGUGACAAGGUUGAAUUUUUAAGUUUGACUGUACGUGAUGAUUAUAUUUUUGUAUGUAUGCUUAUUACUCACAUAUAAUGUGAUACAUUUAUAUGUAUGUACAAUAGUACAUACAUAUUAUGUAUAUACUAUUGUAAGCUAGGAAACAUGAAUUAUAUUAAAGCAAUUGAUAUUAU